AUGGGUAAGAAGGGGGCCGAGGCCCCGUCGACCUCGACGGGUAUCGUGCAGGUGUCUGCUACUAUGAACAUGGCUAUCCCACCUUUUUGGGCCAUGGACCCAAUGGCGUCAGUGCUUGAGCAGCUAGACACGCUUGUGAUGCGCUUUGUUCCACAGCUAGAAGGCGUCCUCUUGGCCCACGCCGAUGCCAAGUUGUUGUCUAAGCUAGGCAGUAUUGACGGAGACUCGGCAUUUGCGGAAGUUCCUGUCCGAUUCACGUGUUUUGUAUGGCGACCCGAAGUUGGAAUGUCCGUCAAGGGCACCAUUACUCUGUCGUCACCCAGUCACGUAUCACUAUUGCUUUACGACACCUUUAAUGCAGCUGUGUCUGCGCCGCACAUUCCAGCGGAUGCAUGGGAAUUUGUGCAUUAUAGCGAUGUGGGCGAGUCUCAGCGUCAGGAUGCAAAAGACCGCAGCGUCGGUUUCUGGCAGAACAAAGAGACGGGACAACGCCUUGGUGGACAAGACAAUACCCUUACUUUUUGUGUGAUCAGCAUGACUGUGGCGAAUCAAAUGCUCUCACUCCACGGAAGUUUGCUCAGUGACCCAUUCAGUGUUCCACCACCGCAGCCAGGUACCAUGUCGUUUGACCAAGCCAUCGGAUCUACAGAGCCCAUGGAGGAAGAGAAGACGGAGGAAACGGCACCGAAACCUCGCCGGGUGCGUUGGGAAGACUCGGAUGAAGAGGCUGAGGAGGUGGUGCAACAAGCAGCAGUGGCAGAUGAUGCUGUAGAUGACCACCAAGCCGAGGCACAAGACGAGGAGGAUGCACCGCUUGUGGAGGCGCCUACCCAGUCUAGUGAGGCGCCGAAGGAAGCUGACUCGGACAAGAAGGAGAAGAAAGAGAAGAAAAAGGACAAGAAGAGCAGCAAGAAGCGCGACAGAGAUGCUGAAGGUGGAUCUAAGAAGAAGAAAAAGAGGCACUCGGAGUGA